GGUCCUCCGCCCUGGCCGGGCCGCAGGGCCACCCGGCCGCAACACAGACGCCAGCCACGGGGCAGGAGCUGGGAGCUGGAGCCAGGCACGGAGGGCUUGGGAGCCAGGCCUGGUUCCCACCAUGAGUGCAGAGCUCAAUGUGCCCAUGGACCCCUCCAACCCUGCCUGCCCUGAGCCCGGCCACAAGGGCAUGGAUUACCGAGACUGGGUCCGACGCAGCUACCUGGAGCUGGUCACCUCCAACCACCAUUCAGUGCAGGCGCUGUCCUGGAGGAAGCUGUACCUGAGCAGGGCCAAGCUGAAAGCCUCCAGCCGGACCUCUGCCCUCCUCUCCGGCUUCGCCAUGGUAGCCAUGGUGGAGGUGCAGCUGGAGACGCAGUACCAGUACCCACAGCCCCUGCUCAUCGCCUUCAGCGCCUGCACCACGGUGCUGGUGGCUGUGCACCUGUUCGCUCUGCUCAUCAGCACGUGCAUCCUGCCCAACGUGGAAGCCGUGAGCAACAUCCACAACCUCAACUCCAUCAGUGAGUCCCCACACGAGCGCAUGCACCCUUACAUUGAGCUUGCCUGGGGCUUCUCAACCGUCCUGGGCAUCCUGCUCUUCCUGGCAGAGGUGGUACUGCUCUGCUGGAUCAAGUUCCUCCCAGUGGAUGCCUGGGCCCAGCCGGGCUCCGGUAGGUACACGGGCUGGCAGGCCGCGCUGGUGUCCACCAUCAUCAUGGUACCUGUGGGCCUCAUCUUCGUGGUCUUCACUAUUCACUUCUACCGUUCCCUGGUGCGGCAUAAGACCGAACGCCACAACCGUGAGAUCGAGGAGUUGCACAAGCUCAAAGUGCAGCUGGAUGGGCAUGAGAGAAGCCUACAGGUGGUGUGAGCGAGGCCUGCACCGUGGUUGGGCACAGCCUGCAGGAGAGUGACCCUCAGGCGGUGUGAGCCACCACACUGCUGGUGGGAGUAGCCAAGGGGCCGCCAGACCAACCCUGGCUUCAUGAGAACCACUCCGGCGUCCCAAGAGCCACAGUGGGGAUUGCUAAGCAGACAUCACAGAAGCUGCCCCGCCCGAUGCUUCCCUACUCCUCAGAGGAAAAGAGUCUAAAGGAGUGAGAAUACCAACCAUUGUAUCACAGAGGCCAGAGGGAGAACCAUGAUCACAUGGCCCUGGGGACUUCCUGGAUCAGGGACAAGCUGGAAACACCUUGUCCUGGGAAGGGGUCCCAGCACACCAGCGGUCAAGGUCCAUCUCAGACAUCUGGACCUUGUGAUUGGCAGGGCAGGACUGAAUUCCCAAGGCUGGCUGGAGGGCUGGGGCUCUGUUAGUCGCUUGCCUAGUGUGCGGGAAGCCCUGGGUUUGAUCCCAGCACUACAUAAACCAGGUGUGAUCAACCCAGUUCUAGGGAGGCGGAGGAAGGAGGAUCAGGAGUUCAAAGUCGUCCUCCGCUACAUGGUGAGUUUGAGGCUACGUGAGACACUGUUGAACACAAGCGCAUGCAUGCCUGUGAAAACACACACACACACACACACACACACACACACACACACACACACACACAAGAAUAGGCUUCCAGAGAGGGCAGAGAUGGACCCAGGGCUGGCACAAGGGUAACAUGGCUCAUAAUGACACACAGGGAUGUGGUGACUGAUGUACAGUUCAGCUUGGCACUCUCCUCCAACUCUGGAGAGUAUCAUGGGAUGUUCAGGAUCCUGGGGCACAGAGCAGCUCAACAAAUGUAACAUACUGUUAUUGGAAUCAGUGUUGCCUGGUCCUAGAGAGAUGACCCAGUGUGGGAGGCCUGGCAGGGUUAAGGAGAAAUGUCCUAGAGCCCACCACCACCAGCUCACUGAGGUCAGAGAC